CUCAACAAACAAACAAAAAGGAAAGAAAUAAGAAGGGCUGGUAUUUACCACUUGGGUUGUGGGAGGAGGUGGCAGUAUUGUGAUCAUCCAAAUAUGGCCUCCCAAGAAAACAGUAGAAAACUAUCACAAGCAGCAAAAAAAGGCUGAGUUCAAGCAGUGGCCAUGGCUUCUGUGGCAAACGGUCCCUUCUACAUUCUCAAACCUCCAAACCAUCCUAGUUACAAACUCAGUAGUGGUAUCAGAACGACCCUCUGGUCAUUCUCAUGUACCAAUGCACCAUUUCUCACUCUGCAGACCUCAAAGCACAAGUCUUCAACCAUCAUUUGCUUUGCAACUGAUAAGCAAACUUCUUCUACUGAAAUCAGUUCCACAGCCAGGAUUAGGAGUGAAGUUCUCACUCCCUUUCGCUCCGUUCGGAUGUUUUUCUAUCUUGCUUUCAUUGCAAGUGGUGGUUUAGGAGGACUCAUAGCAACCACACAGUUAAUUGCAGCACUAACAAACCCAUCAAGAGCACUUGAUGCCCCUGAAAUUGCGAAGGGUCUUGGGAUAGACCUUGGAGCAGUGUCUCUCUUUGCAUUCUUGUAUUUGAGAGAGAACAAGGCCAAGAAUGCACAGAUUGCUAGGCUCUCAAGAGAGGAAAACCUUUCGAAUCUUAAGCUCAGGGUUGAUGAAAAGAAGGUCAUUCCUCUUAGCUCUUUGAGAGGGAUUGCUCGGCUUGUAAUAUGUGCAGGCCCUGCAUCAGUCAUCACAGAAGCUUUUAAUCAAAGUGAACCCUACACUGAAAGGCUUGUGGAACGAGGGGUGCUCGUGGUGCCCUUUCCUACAGAUGGAAACUUACCUAGUUUUGAGUUUGAAGAAAGUGAAGAGACUAAGGAGAUUACUGCAAAGAGGAAAAGACUAUGGCAGCUGACACCAAUUUAUAUUCCUGAAUGGACCAAGUGGUUAGAUGAGCAAAAGAAGCUGGCAGGCGUCUCCUCUGACUCUCCUGUGUAUAUAUCUCUUCGCCUGGAUGGUCGUGUUCGUGGCAGUGGCAUUGGCUACCCGCCUUGGAAUGCUUUUGUUGCACAGCUACCACCUGUAAAGGGAAUGUGGUCUGGUCUUCUUGAUGGGUUUGAUGGAAGAGUUUAAGAAAAUAUUUUGUGUUAUAGUAGGAUCAAAGGCAUGAUAUGGAAUAUGCAGCUAUUUCAGAAAGCAUAUUUAUCUUUUGGCUUCUCAGCCAACUCUCUUGCAUGGUUUUUCGUUUCGACCAAACACAUUAAACAUACUUUCUGGUGCCAACAAGGGUUUAGAGAUUCUGAAACAAAAUUUUUUGAUAACUUGAAAUGUCAGAGUUGGGUUUAGGAACGCACAUAUAUGUUCUGAUAAAACUUCCUAAUGCCAGAGUUGUCUAUGGGGAAAUGGAAAAUCCUGUUUGGAAUUGUUUUCAGCUUCUAUGUGGCUAACAGGUCCUGCUAUAUAUGCAUGCAAUGAUAAGGAAGCAACCAAAAUGGGGGAUUUGAGGACAGUUGACAGAGAAAAGAGUUGUUUUGUCCAAAAACAAUUUAAACUAAUCUAUACAUCAAGCCUUGUGAAUGUUGAAUUGCCAUUUUCCGAGUCGGCUUUCUUUUUUUUCUUUUUCUUUUGGAGUUAACAGUUAUCUUGAUUUGAAUGAGUUGGUUUGAGCAACUUUCCACCUGCUUGUUUUGAAGAAAAAGCUAGAAAGAACAAUAUAUAUGUUAUAUACUCUAUGAAUAAUAUCAAUUUGGACUUUUGGCAAACAGUGAUUGAAACUUAACUAAGAAAGGGUGGAAGAAAUCACAGAGUAUGGAUACACAAUAAA